UCAUCUUUUUCAUUCUCCUUACUUUGUCUCUCUAAAAGCUUAAAAUUGCUUUACUUUAUCUCUCCAAACAAAAAUGGCAAACCAUCAACUCCAUUUUUUCACCUCAAAUGAUCAACACACAUCCAACAACAAUCCCAUGAACCGAACCCAAUCAACUACUAAUCUCAGACCCAUGCCAAACCCGAAUCCGAAUCCAAACCCGAUUCGAGGCCGGAGAAGUGGUGGAAGACCUCAAAGGGUUAGAGAUAGACCUGCACAGAGAGGUCCAAGUAUUGCUGAACUUGAACGUCUUAUUGAACGCAGUCAGCCAACUAUUCCUCCUUCCAAUAUCCGACCCGUUUCUGACUGUCGGGUUAACCCACUUCCAGGUGUACCUGUGAUCGGGUACUGUCAACCCGUUUCUGACCCGAGGCUGAUUACUAAUCGGGUGGGCAUUCCCCAGUCAGAGCUUCCUUCAAUGCCAAAUAACGAUCCUUUACAACAGCCGCCGUUUUCUUUCAAGAAGAAAAGGACGAGUGAUGAAGAAGUAGGGUUUGCAGAAGGGUAUAAUGGUCAUUUUUCUGGAAUUCACAUGAAUAUUGGGGAUAAUCACAAUAAUCCUCUUCCUAAUAUUGGUGGCAGUGAGGUAUUGGCAAUUCAUCCGAGAAGAUCGAAUGGAUCAAAUAUAAUGAUGGAGUAUGGAUUUUUCCCCAGAAAAUCAGAAGAAAUCAUGGAAUUAAAAAACCAUGAAAAAUAUAAUCCUGACAUGAUCGAAGAACAAGAACAAGAACGAGAACAUUAUUUGAAGUUAAAAAUGGGAUUUACAGAUUCUUCAUCUCCAUCAUCAUCUUCAUCAUUAUCUUCUCUUACAACUAAUAAUAGUAGUAAUGAUUCUUCAAUAGAUUUAUCUUUAAAGCUUUAA